AUUCGACAAAUGGAAUCUUCGAUAUGAAACCCGUAAAACAUUUGGUUGCAUUCAAUAUUAGCCAUAGUUUGAACGUCCAAUCGCGCCAUCACAGUCGGGUUGCCGUAAACCACACAAUGAAUCUGGGUGGAAUGAACUGGGAACUGUUGUCCAUUUUCUGAAUUUAUCUGCCGCCGAGUCGUAUUGAUCCGGGAUUUUCAAUCAUUUCUCGGCAGAGCUGAACAUCGGCACUAAGCUCACGGAGUCUGGUAUCAGGAGGUAGCGUGACGAAGGAAUCGUCCUUGGGAUUAUUGGCAGAUUAACAGAUCACAGUCUGCCAUAGGUCGGUCUGCGAGAAAAUGGUCAACAGGAUUAAUCACAGCACAGCUCUACCCUUAAACAUCGAUACGCCAUUACCUAAUGAAUCCCAAACAUCUGUCGUCUGGUCAACAACGCUUCACCUGUUGACGUCAUCUGCUCCCAUUAUUACCAAUUCGUCUGGUGACGUCAUCCCAAAUAUCACAGUACUGACAAAACCUGUUUGUACUGAACCAGCUUAUCUCGAGUUUCCACCCGAUGCCUUCAACAAUGAUCAAAGACAACACGGCGCUUUCCUAUUACACUUCAUCAUGGUCAUCUAUAUGUUUAUCGCGUUGGCUAUUGUAUGUGAUGAAUAUUUCGUGACUUCACUCGACAAGAUAAGUUCGAAACUUGGUUUGAGUGAAGACGUGGCUGGUGCUACCUUUAUGGCGGCCGGAAGCUCAGCUCCCGAGUUAUGCACUGCUAUCAUAGGAGUGUUUAUAACAAAAGGUGACGUGGGAGUAGGGACGAUUGUCGGAUCGGCAGUGUUCAACAUCCUAUUUGUCAUUGGACUGUGCGGCCUAUUAGCCGGAGAAGUGGUGACCUUGUCUUGGUGGUCGUUUACCAGGGACGCCGUGUGUUACUCUUUCUCUGUCAUCGUCCUGAUUCUGGUCGUACAGGACGGCAAAGUCACGUGGUACGAAUCACUCAUGAUGCUAAUCUUCUAUGGAGGAUACAUUCUUGUUAUGAAAUUCGACGUUCCUAUUCAAGCAUGGGUAUCCGGGAAGAUUGACAGGAUACUCACAUCAAAUAUCCUCCCCAUCAACGGGAUCAAGACCUUCAACAGGGAUUACGAGGCAUUCGAGGAUGAUGACGACGUUUUCACGACAGUGGACCACAAACUUGCCCAGAACCCUGAACCCGAUCUGCCGCCCGACGAAUAUGCAAAAUCAACGAAAAUCAAACCAAAGUUUUGUGAUUUUAUCUUUCGAUUGAUGAUGAUGAAACGCUUUCGACCCAAAACAAGAUUCCGUUCUGCAGCCUUUCUUAUCAUAUCAUACCGACGUCGCAUGCUUGUGGACUCGCAUUUACAAAAGCGACAGCAGUUCCGGAAGAUGGCGCAGAAGUCUAGCGUGUUUUCCUACACCAGAUCUAUAAGAGGUUGGUUUAACAUGACGAUGGAAGGAGAAAAUCUUGAUGGGUGGAAAACCGUACCAAAGCUUGACGAGGGUGUUCUUAAGCUGGUGAAAUGGGGCUCCGUAUUUCCAUUAAGGGUUAUCUUGUAUUACACUGUACCAGACUGUCGAAAAGAGCGGUGGGAAAACUGGUUUAUGGCAACUUUUGUGUGUUCUGUGUUGUGGAUAGUGGCGUUUUCUUAUGUAAUGGUCUGGAUGGUGACGUUGAUCGGCUAUACGUUUGAUGUACCAGACAGCGUGAUGGGGAUAACUUUUCUAGCUGCGGGAACCAGUAUUCCAGACGCCAUGGCCAGUGUCUUUGUCGCCAAGCAAGGAAUGGGUGACAUGGCUGUUUCCAAUUGUUUAGGAAGUAAUGUAUUUGACAUUUUAUUAGGACUAUCGUUACCAUGGUUUCUAAAGACUGGCAUUGCGUACGCAGGCACGACAGUUCACAUCAAUAGCAAUGGAAUGAUUUUCUCAAUACUUCUAUUAUUUCUAACAGUUAUCAUACUAAUUGCAGCUUUAAAGUACACUCGUUGGCGCCUGAACAGACGGGUGGGGGUCAUGUGUCUGAUGGUAUACGCAGUCUAUAUUCUGUUCUCUGUCAUGAUAGAGUGCAAUGUGUUUGGAUUCGUCAACCCCCCAAUGUGUGAUUAAUAAAAUAUCAAUGAAAUGAAUAAAUUAACGUUUGCUUUAUAAAUAUCGCCGGUUGUGUUGGCUUUAUGUAUUAUUGUAUGAUGAGAAAUAGGUUGAAUAAAAGUUGUGUUUUACAUAC